AUGGCGUCGGACGAAGAGCGUGGAACUCGGCCUAGCCGAAAGCGCUACGAUGACGAGGAUCACGAACCCAGAGACACCGACCGUCGAUCAAAACACUCAGACCGCGAUUCCGGACGCCGAGAGCGUCGUCGAUCCCGUGACAGACGCGACAGGAGGCGAUCUCGGACACCAGAAUCCUCUUCACGACGGAGGUCAAGAAGCCGAGAUCGGGAUCGCGAUAGGGAUAGAGAUAGAGAACACAGACGUCGACGGUCACGCGACGACAAAAGUUCACGACGAAGACCACGCGGUGAGGAUGACGAAAGAAACGACAAAAAGGUCGCGAAACGCAGCCCGGUGAGACAGGCUGCUCCUUUACCUUCUCAAGCAGACUCCUUUGCUGUUACCACCGGCGAAGCGCCCGAGAAGCCCAAGGAGAAACCCAAUUUCGGAAGCACGGGUGUCUUGGCCGCAGCAUCCAACUCGGUCGCACAAGCAGAUGGCACGACAGUUACACUCAAGUACCACGAGCCCGCCGAGGCACGUAAGCCUUCACCGCGCGACGUCUGGAAGCUGUUUAUCUUCAAGGGCCAAGACAUUGUAGACACAAUAGAGCUGAGCGCGAGAAGUUGCUGGCUUGUCGGACGGGAAAUGUCGGUCGUCGAUCUGCCUGCAGAGCACCCGAGUAUCAGCAAGCAGCACGCUGUAAUUCAGUUCCGCUAUGUCGAGAAGAGGAAUGAGUUUGGCGAUAAGAUCGGCAAGGUCAAGCCGUAUCUUAUUGAUCUUGAGAGUGCCAAUGGAACCAAGUUGAAUGAUGGCAAGAUUCCCGACAGCAGAUAUCUGGAGUUGAGGGACAAGGACAUGAUUCAAUUCGGGCACAGCACUCGAGAAUAUGUCGUCAUGCUUGCACCACGGGAUUGA